CCUUUUUUUAUAGACGGCGACGCGCGCUGCAUGUGCACACACACAUACGCAAUAGAUAAAUAUACGCACAUACAUAGAUAUAUUUUGAGUGCAUUUGUAAAUGUUGCUUGUGUGAGAAUAUUUUUGGGUGAGAGGAGGUUAAAAAGUAGUCGGUGCGUAAAAAUUCAUGUGUAACUGUCGUUGUUUUUGGGGAGCCUCUCAUAUUCACUUGUAAUUGUGAUUCGUAGGAAGUAAGAUCUCUAGUAGUGUAAAAAUAAAAAUAAAAUAGUGUAAUUCAUCUUAAAAAUCGGAACGCAACAUAAGAAAACAACAACAACAAGACAGACACCCGCAACCAAUCAAUUGAUAACAUUCAUAACCGUUAACCAAUUAACCGAUUAAGCGUCGUCAAGCAUCAACGAUAACCGUUCAACGUUCAACGUAUUGAGUAAUAAGCAAAUAACGUAACCACAACUUCGUUACCCGUUAAGUCGUUACGUACAGAAGGCGCCCUCUAUCAUUUUGUAUAUAUAUAUAUAUAUAUGUGUGUGUGUGCGCGAAUGCAACAACAACAGGAAUUUCAUCAAAGCUCCAAGACAAAUGCAACGAUUUGGAUAACGAUUUGUUUAAAAAUAUAGAAAAUAUAUAUAUUAAAAAAGAAGAGGAGCAGAAAGACGCGCCUGGAAAAGCGGAGACACAAAGUAAAGACGUCACAUUAGUUAUAAUCAUUAACUUUGUUCUACAUGCAUGCGUGUUAGACUAUACAAGAAGACAAUAGACAGGCACCACUGAAGCAGCAGCAACAACAACAACAACAACAUCACCACCACCACCACCACCAGCAGUAGGCACCACUGCAACCCAACAGCGCACCUUUGAGAGAGGCUUCUCUAUUAGGAGAUAGAGAUUUUUCGUGCUCACCCAAGUUUGGAGAACAGCCUCAAGAUUCUGCCCUUUGGAGCCAAUUUUCGUCUGGAGACGACACCAGCCGAGAUGCACAAGAUCGCAGCUGCCCCACCGGCGGCCACAGCGCCAGCUGGCACACUGGAGGCGCCACUGGCAGCGCCCAAAUAUGGCACACUCAUACCCAAUCGCAUCUUUGUGGGCGGCAUAAGCGGCGACACCACCGAGGCUGAUCUGACACGCGUCUUCAGCGCCUAUGGAACCGUGAAGAGUACAAAGAUCAUUGUGGAUCGCGCCGGAGUCAGCAAGGGUUACGGAUUUGUCACAUUUGAGACGGAGCAGGAGGCGCAAAGACUGCAGGCGGAUGGUGAGUGCGUUGUGCUGCGUGAUCGCAAACUGAACAUUGCGCCGGCUAUCAAGAAGCAGGUGAGUUGGCCAAAUCCGCUGCAAUCGAUUGUGGCCACAAAUGGAGCCGUUUAUUAUACCACCACACCGCCGGCACCGAUCAGCAAUAUCCCGAUGGAUCAGUUCGCUGCUGCCGUUUAUCCGCCAGUUACUGACUUUACAGCCGCUGGUGUGCCAGCCAUCUACCCACCUUCAGCCAUGCAAUAUCAGCCAUUCUAUCAGUACUACAGUGUGCCAAUGAAUGUACCCACCAUCUGGCCUCCAAAUUAUCAAGAAGCCCAGCCACCGAUGCAACAUCAUGCUCCGCCGCAUGCCGCUUGGGAGUUCGACGAUGGCAGCAACAACAACAAUCGCGGCAACAACAAGAGCAACAUUUCGGUGACCAAUUGGCGCAUGUCCAUGUAGACACCAACAACAACAAACCAGCAACAAACAACAACAACAACAUCAACAUCAACACCAUCACAUGCA